AUGGCUGGCUGUGAGCUGCCGGGAAGGAGUGCUUGCCUUUGGUCACCCACGAUACAAGGAGAGAUCUGCAAGAUGGCCGGCCUGAUUCAGACGCAGCCCACCUCCUCCACUGCCAUCCAGACUCUGGAGAGAAUUGGCGCCCACUCCCACAUCCGUGGUCUGGGCCUCGAUGAGCAUCUUCAGCCCAAGUCCGGUCCAGCCCAGGGACUCAUUGGUCAGAAGCAGGCAAGGAGAGCAGCAGGAAUCGUAGUCGAGAUGGUCAAGUCGUCCAAGAUUGCAGGCAGGGCAAUCCUCAUGGCCGGCCCACCUUCCUCGGGCAAGACGGCCAUUGGUAUGGCCAUGUCACAGACACUCGGACCAGACGUGCCCUUUGUCAUGCUCUCCUCAUCCGAGGUCUUCAGUCUGGAGAUGUCCAAGACCGAGGCUCUCACUCAGGCCUUCCGAAAGGCCAUUGGCGUGAGGAUCAAGGAGGAGGCAGAGGUGCUAGAGGGUGAAGUCGUAGAGAUCAUCGUCGAUCGCAGUCUGACAGGAGCUACCAAGACUGGAAAGCUGACGCUCAAAACGACGGACAUGGAGACCAUCUAUGACCUGGGAUCUAAGAUGAUCGACUCGCUCAGCAAGGAGAAGAUCACGGCUGGGGAUGUGGUUAGCAUUGACAAGAGUUCCGGAAGGAUAUCGAAGAUCGGUAGGAGCUACACACGAGCGAGGGAUUACGAUGCUGGAGGCGCAGAGACAAAGUUCGUUGCUUGCCCUGAGGGCGAACUACAACACCGCCGAUCCAUCACCCAUACCGUUACUCUGCACGAGAUUGAUGUCAUCAACUCGCGGACACAGGGCUUCUUGGCACUGUUUGCUGGAGACACCGGAGAGAUCAAGCCGGAGCUGAGGCAGCAGAUCGACGGAAAGGUAGAAGAGUGGAAGGAGGAGGGCAAGGCAGAGGUCAUCCCUGGAGUGUUGUUCAUCGACGAGGUCCAUAUGCUCGACAUCGAGUGCUUCUCCUUCCUCAACCGAGCCCUCGAGUCCGAGAUGGCGCCCCUGGUCAUCAUGGCCUCCAACAGGGGAAUCACAAGGAUCCGUGGCACUCGAUUCCGAUCACCUCAUGGUAUCCCCAUUGACCUUCUGGACCGGGCGUUGAUUGUUAGCACCAAGAAGUACGAGUCGCAAGACAUCGAGGAGAUCUUGAAGCUGCGAGCGCAAGAAGAGGACGUGGCCGUCUCUAGCGAGGCGCUGUCUGUGUUGACGAGGAUCGGUAGCGAGACCUCUUUGCGGUAUGCUAUCAACUUGAUCACAACUAGUCAUCUGGCUUGCCGGAGGAGAAAGGGAGAUCAGGUAGAGGUCGGCGAUGUGAAGAGGGUCUAUGGCCUCUUCCUUGAUGAGCAGAGAUCCGUCACCUACCUGUCGGAGCACUCGAAGGAGUUCAUGUCCGAAGAGGACUACGAGAGCGGUAUCGCAGCUGACGGUCUGCCCAUUGAGGCCAAUGCCGCUGCAAACGGCGGUCCUGUGCCGAUGGAGGGCGUUUUGGCAUAGGAAAGAGGAGGG